AUGGCAACAAGCAGCAUGGCGCUGAUGGCGCUCCUCGUCGUCGUCCUCGCCGCCUCCGCGCUGUCCCUGUUCCCGGCGUCCCUCGCCGUCACCUCGCCGUACGUGCGGCCGGCGCCGAGGGCCACGCUGCCCGUGCUCCGGGACGACGCCGCCGCCGACGGCCAGACGCCGCAGCAGGUGCAUAUAUCAAUGGUCGGGCCCGACAAGAUGAGGGUGACAUGGAUCACCCACGACGACGCGCCGGCGAUCGUCGAGUAUGGCACGACGUCAGGCAAUUACCCGCUCUCCGCCACCGGAAGCACGAUGACCUACUCCUACGUCCUCUACCACUCCGGGAACAUCCACGACGCCGUCAUCGGCCCGCUGCAGCCCAGCACGACAUACUACUACCGGUGCAGCUCUAACCCAUCGCGCGAGUUCUCCUUCCGGACGCCGCCGGCCACCCUCCCUUUCAAGUUCGUCGUCGUCGGUAAUGCACCUGUUACUCUGCUAUUUUCACUGCAAGAGCUUCUUGCAAAUAUAAUGUCGCCAUGUCGUUGGCACAUCAUUGUGGUCUUGAUGAUGAACAUUAUUGAUAAUGUGGCAGGCGACCUUGGCCAAACCGGAUGGACGGCGUCCACGCUGAAGCACAUCGCGGCCGCCGACUACGACAUGCUCCUCCUCCCCGGCGACCUCUCGUACGCUGACUACAUCCAGUCGCGGUGGGACUCGUACGGCCGCCUCGUCGAGCCGCUGGCGAGUGCGCGGCCGUGGAUGGUGACCGAGGGCAACCACGAGGUCGAGAAGCUUCCCUUCGUGAAGCCCUUCAAGGCCUACAACGCGCGGUGGCGCAUGCCGUACGACGCCGGCGCCUCGCCCUCGGGCGACAACCUCUACUACUCCUUCGACGUCGCCGGCGGCGCCGUGCACGUCAUCAUGCUGGGCUCCUACACCGACUACGCCGCCGGCAGCGCGCAGCACCAGUGGCUCCGGCGCUACCUGGCGGCGAUCGACCGCGGCAGGAUGGCGUUCGUGGUGGCACUGGUGCACGCGCCGUGGUACAACAGCAACAGGGCGCACCGGGGAGAAGGGGACGCCAUGCGCGGCGCCAUGGAGGAGCUCCUGUACGGUGCGCGCGUGGACGCCGUGUUCGCGGGGCACGUGCACGCGUACGAGAGGUUCGCGCGGGUGUACGGCGGCAAGGAGGCCCCCUGA